AUUGAUUCAAAAUUUUAUUUAAUGUAGAACAAUUAUGUGUCAUUCAUGAAUUCAUUUGUCCGGUUAAUCUUUUCCCAUCAGUAUUAUUAAUAUUAUAAUGUAUCAUAAUCUAAGUUAUUGGUUUACUGAACAAUUUCUACCAUCUAAACCUGAUCCAAGACUAUCAACUUAUCCAUUAAUGUCAACAUGGACACCAACUGCACUUAUAUCAUUAGCUUAUACGAUAAUUGUCUAUCUAUGGCGUAUGGAAUUAUUACGAAGAAUGAAUAAAAAAAAGAUGGAAAUAAAUUUAAAUGAUAAAAGUUUGAUUAAAAGUUCAGAUAAAAAACAAUCCAUUACAUAUUAUAUGGUCAUAUAUAACUUCAGUAUGGUACUAUUCUCUACUUAUUUAUCUAUAUCUAGUUUCAUUUUAAUACGUCAACUUAAUUAUGGUUUAGGUUGUAUUGAAUUACCAGAUCCUAAUGAUAAACGUACAGAUAAUUUAGUUUAUUAUGGUUAUUUAUUUUUUUUUUCAAAAUUUGUCGAAAUGUUAGAUACAGUAUUUUUCUUAUAUCGUGGUAAAGUUGAUCAAGUUACAUUUUUACAUGUAUUUCAUCAUGCAUCAAUGCCACCAUCAAUAUGGUGGGGUUUAAAAUAUGCACCUGGUGGUCUAUUAUAUAUGUUCCCAUUAAUUAAUAGUUUUGUUCAUAUUAUUAUGUAUAUUUAUUAUGGUUUAACAUCUAUUGGUUUAUAUCAAUAUUUAUGGUGGAAAAAUUAUCUUACUAUAAUACAAAUGUUACAAUUUUUAUGGUUUAUUAUACAUCAAGGAAAAUUUCUUUUAUUUUAUAAACAAUGUAAAUUUCCUAAAAUUUUCCCAUUCAUUAUAUGUUUAUAUUCUUUAUUAUUUUUUUUAUUAUUUUUAAAUUUUUAUAUUAAAGCAUAUUGGAAAAAAGAACGUUUAAUUAAAAAAAGAAAAAAAAAUAAUAUAAAUAAUAAUAGUAAUAAUAAUAAUAAUGAUAAUAAUAGUGAUAAUGGUUAUAGUUAUAAUAAUUAUGGAAAUAAUAAUAUUAAUAAUAAUAGUAAUAAUAGUAGUGAUAAUAACAGUAAUAAUGUAAAUGAUGAUGAUAAUAAUAAUAAUAGUAAUAAUAAUGAUAAUAAUACUACUAAUAAUAAUAUUAAUAAUAAUAGCAAUAAUGGUAGUAAUAAUAAUAGUCAUAAUAAUAAUAGUAAUGAAAUCAAUGAUAAUAAUAAUAAUAUUAGUAGUAGUAGUAGUAAUAAUAAUAAUAAUAAUCAAUUUAUUGAUUUAAUUAAAAUAGAGAAAUAAAUUUCAAAGAAAAAAAAUUAUUGAUUAAAUGGAUUUGUUUAUAAACUUGAUCGAUAAUUGAACGUUAUUAGUCAUAUUUAAUAAUAAAUAUAUAAUCAUUGUGAUUUCAUUUAUAUGUAUUAAUUACGCUUGUUACCCUUUCAUAAGGAAGAGUACACUAUUAUUAUUAUUAUUAUUAU